ACGGCGCCGAGGCCGGGCCGGCCUAGGGCAGGAGGCGGGGGGAGGCUGGGUCGGGCGACAUGAAGUGCCUCGUGACCGGGGGAAAUGUGCGGGUGCUGGGUAAGGCCGCGCACUCGCUGUCGCGCAUCGGAGACGAGCUAUACCUCGAGCCGAUGGAGAACGGGCUCUCGCUGCGCACGGUGAACGCGUCGCGCUCGGCCUUCGCGUGCUUUCUCUUCGCACCGCUCUUCUUCCAGCGCUACCAGGCGGCCCGGCCCCCGCAGGCGCAGCCGCCGCGCUGCAAGGUCCUCAUGAAGUCCUUCCUGUCCGUGUUCCGCUCGCUGGCGGCGCUGGAGAAGACGGUGGAGCGCUGCUGCAUCGCCCUGAGCCCCGAGAGCAGCCGCCUGGUCAUCCAGCUGCACUGCAAGCACGGUGUGACCAAGACGUACAACCUGGCCUUCCAGGAGUGCGAGUCCCUCCAGGCCAUCUUCGACCCGGCCCAGUGCCCGCACCUGCUCCGCGCCCCGGCCCGGGUGUUGGUGGAGGCUGUGGCGCCCUUCUCCCCAGCGCUCUCAGAGGUGACGCUGGGCGUGAGCCGGGGCCGCAGAGUCGUCUUCCGGAGCUACCUGGAGGAGGACACAGAUGCUGCCAAGGCCAUGAUGACUGAGAUGAGCCUCAGCGAGGAGGAAUUCCAGCAGCUGCGGGCCCAGGAGGGAGCGGCCAUCACUUUCUGCCUCAAGGAGUUUCGGGGUCUCCUGAGUUUUGCGGAGUCUGCCAACCUGCCCCUCAACAUCCACUUUGACGUUCCUGGCAGGCCGGCCAUCUUCACCAUUGAGGAUUCCCUGCUGGACGGCCACUUUGUCCUGGCCACCCUCUCUGAGCCUGACCUCUGCUCUCAGGAGCCUUGCCGACCUGGGCAGGGGGCUCACAGCACAGCACACCUGGACGACUUUGCCAGUGACGACAUUGACUCUUACAUGAUCGCCGUGGAAACUACUGUGUGUGAAGGGGCAAUGGCGGCCCCCCGCACCCCUUCUCCUCUGUCUGAAGAAGAGGAGGCAGAGCCCAAUGUGGUGCCUGGGACCCCUCCCCUAAAAAAGUUCCGUUCCUUGUUCUUCGGCUCAGUAUUGGCCCCGACGGAACCCCCCUGUGAGCCCAACCCGGUAUUAGCAGAAGACAGUGAGGGGGAGGGCUGAAGCCUGCUCUCGGGGACACCAACGGCCGUGUCACCUCCUCAGGAGCAAAGUCCAGCUUUGCUCCUGCCUGCCUGGUUCGUGCUUGGGGAGGGUGGCGAUCCUGAUGGAGGUGGAAAAGAACUUGGCCACCCCUUCUACCCUGCGCUCAGAGGGGCCAGCCUAGGGAGCACCUCCUUCCUCAAUAAAGAUGCCCGAGUCCCGAA